CAAGUAGACAAAUUGUUUCAACGUAAAAAAAAAAAAAAGAUUCAGGUUACACUCGCGACUUUGAACUCAUAAAGUUGCAGAUGUGGAGGAGCAGUUGAAUGCUGCAUCGAGUUAAAGUAAAAGUGAGCUCUUCGGUUUAUGUGGAGAGAAAUAUAAAGUUUUCUAGAAAAUCACGUGUUACUCCAGUGUGAUGGAGGGUGUAAGACCAGAUUCACCUCAACCCAGCUGUGUCUCCAUGAAGAGCGACCGGUCAAUGGAUUGUCCACGUCACUUUAAAGAUAGAGGAUGUUCUACUGAUCUGAGACAACAAAAGGAGAAAUCAAAUGUUACUUACAGAGAUCAGCUGGAAUCCACGUUUAAGGAACUGGAGCUCAAAGUCAUCAGCAUGUUAAAGAAUGAGCUAAACAAGUUCAAAAAGCUCCUAAAUAUUGAUUACCCAGCAUGCUCUGAGCAGGAGGUGAAGGAUGUGGAAGAUCUGAGUAGUUUUAGAGAGGGGGCGCUAAAGAUCACACUGAAUGUUCUAAAAAUCAUGAACCAGACAGACCUCGCUAACACCCUGCAGAGGAAACUUUUAGACUCUGUAUAUCAGAAAAAACUCAAAUCAAAUCUGAGAGAGAAAUGUAAAAGAAUCAGUGAAGGAAUCUCCCAGCAUGGAAGCUCAGCACUUCUGAAUGAGAUCUACACAGAGCUCUACAUCACAGAGGGUUGGAGUGGAGACGUCAAUAAUGAACAUGAGGUCAGACAGAUUGAAGCAGCAUCCAGGAGACCAGCAACACAAGAGAAUCCCAUCAAAUGCAAUGACCUCUUUAAAGACACGUCCAUCAGAACUGUGCUGACUAAAGGAAUCGCUGGAAUUGGAAAAACAGUCUCAGUACAGAAGUUCAUUCUGGACUGGGCUGAAGGAGAAUCAAAUCAGGACCUCAUUUUCAUAUUUCCACUUCCUUUUAGAGAGCUGAACUUGAUGAAGCAGGAAAAUCUCAGUCUGAUGGAACUUCUUCAUCAGUUUUUCCCAGAAGUGAAAGACCUAUCAUCAUUAGAUUGUGAUGCUUACAAAGUUUUGUUCAUCUUUGAUGGUCUGGAUGAGUGUCGACUCCCUCUACAUUUUCAAAAUAAUGAGCAAUUAUGUAACAUAACAAAGUCAGCAAAAAUGGAUGUGCUGCUGACAAACCUCAUCAAGGGGAACCUGCUUCCCUCUGCUCACCUCUGGAUUACCUCUCGACCAGCUGCAGCCAAUCAGAUCCCUCCUGAGUGUGUAGACCAGGUAACAGAGGUACGAGGGUUCAGUGACCCUCAGAAAGAGGAGUACUUCAGGAAGAGGAUCAGUGAUGAGAACCUAGCUAGUAAAAUCAUCACUCACAUGAAGUCAUCAAGAAGCCUCUACAUCAUGUGUCACAUUCCAGUCUUCUGCUGGAUCUCAGCCUCUGUUCUACAGAGAAUUCUGGAUGGAGUCGAGGGGAAAGAGAUCCCCAAAACUCUGACUCAGAUGUUCACUUACUUUCUGAUCUUUCAGAUGAAACACAAAGAACAAAAGUACCAUGGGAAAUCUGACCCUGAUCCACACCAGACCAGAGAGACGAUACUGGCACUGGGGAAACUGGCCUUCCAACAGCUAGAGAAUGGAAACCUGAUCUUUUAUGAAGAAGACCUGACAGAAUGUGGCAUUGAUGUCAAAAACACAUCAGUGUACUCAGGAGUCUGCACCCAAAUCUUCAAAAAAGAGGCUGGGAUGCACCUGGGUCAGGUCUUCAGCUUUGUGCACCUGAGUGUUCAGGAGUUUCUGGCUGCUUUAUAUGCAUUUCUCACCUUCAUCAGCAUAAACAGAAAUGUGCUGGUGAUGCAAAUCACUGGAUUCCUCAACAUCUUUAGAAAUCCUAUGUCUGACUUUCUGAACAGUGCAGUGGACAAGGCCUUACAGAGUGAGAAUGGACACCUGGAUCUUUUCCUCCGCUUCCUCCUGGGUCUCUCACUGGAGUCCAAUCAGACUCUCUUACAAGGCCUACUGCCACAAACAGAAAGUUGCUCUUACAAAAAAGAGGAAACAGUCAGUUACAUCAAGGAGAAGAUCAGUGAGAAUCCCUCUCCAGAGAAAUCCAUCAAUCUGUUCCACUGUCUGAAUGAACUGAACGAUGAUUUUCUAGUGCAGGAAGUCAAAAAAUACCUGAACAGAAGAGGUUCUCUUCAUCAUGAUGGACACCGCCUGUCUCAUGCUCAGUGGUCGGCUUUUGUAUUUGUGCUGCUGAACUCAGAUCAGGAGCUGAAUGAGUUUGAUUUGAGGAAAUAUUAUCCAUCACAUGAAGGUCUUUUGAAGAUGCUGCCAGUGGUGAAAGAAAUAAAAAAAGCUAUCUUGUGGUGGUGUAAUCUAACAGAGGAAAGUUGUAAAGCUCUGUCCUCAGUUCUCAGUUUAAACUCCUCCAGUCUGAAACAUCUGAACCUGAGUAACAAUGAACUAAAGGAUUCAGGAGUGAAGCUGCUCUCUGCUGGACUAGGGAAUCCACAUUGUAAACUGGAGAUACUGGAGUUGUGGAAUUGUAAUCUAACAGAUGAAAGUUGUGAAGUUCUGUCCUCAGUUCUCAGUUUAAACUCCUCCAGUCUGAAACAUCUGAACCUGAGUUACAAUAAACUGAAGGAUUCAGGAGUGAAGCUGCUCUCUGCUGGACUGGAGAAUCCACACUGUAAACUGGAGAUACAGGAGUUGGCUGGUUGUAAUCUAACAGAUGAAAGUUGUGAAGUUCUGUCCUCAGUUCUCAGUUUAAACUCCGCUAGUCUGAAACAUCUGGACCUGGGUAAGAAUGAACUGAAGGAUUCAGGAGUGAAGCUGCUCUCUGCUGGACUGGAGAAUCCACACUGUAAACUGGAGAUACUGUGGUUGGUUGAUUGUAAUCUAACAGAGAAAAGUUGUGAAGUUCUGUCCUCAGUUCUCUGUUUAAACUCCUCCAGUCUGAAACAUCUGAACCUGAGUAACAAUAAACUGAAGGAUUCAGGAGUGAAGCUGCUCUCUGCUGGACUGGAGAAUCCACACUGUAAACUGGAGAUACUGAAGUUGAGGAGAUGCAGUAUUACAGAUGAAGGUUUUACUGCUCUGGCUUCAGCUCUGAAAUCAAAUCCAUCAUCACGUCUGAGAGAACUGCAACUGAACCACAAUCAUCCAGGAGAAUCAGGAGUAAAACUGCUUAAGGAUCUUCAGGAGGAUCCACAAUGUAACCUGGAGGAACUGCACACCAGAAACACAUAUUGGAUGAUGAGAACAAGAUGAAGAGCAGUGGAGAUAAACACCAUCUAUCAUCUUCACACUUUGAUUCUACAUGGUGAUGCUUUGUUCAGCAUGGAAAGUGUCAUGACAUCUCUUCCUGUACAAGAUCAACAAUCUCAAACACAUAAUGAAGUUCUGAUGGAUAAGAUUGGAGAGUCCAUCAGGUAGCUGGUACCAUCUAAAUUAUUCCAGUACAGGUGAGUUAGGAGCUGUGAAAUGGGUUGAGGGUCUAUAAGGACUGCUUCAGAAAACCCUGCAUUAGAUUGAUGCAUUAGCAUGCUGUUCACUAUCUGGCCUGUAAUGAAGAAGUUUAAAGAAGUUUAAAGCUACUGGAGAUGUUGAGAUUCUGCCUGGAGGAGAACAUGAGGAGGAUUACUCGAGUGGCCAGAGAAUCUCUAAGGAUCUUUACUGGGAAAUUACAGACGUUAGUGAGGUCUCGAGGUCAGAACAUUUUCAUACAUAACCAGAAGUUGUUUAGAGGACUGACUGAAAAAAGUCUCUUCUGUAUGAUUCUCAUUUUGGAACUUUCUAAGGGACCUUGUUAAAUGGUCAGAACAGACCUAAAAAAACAUCAAACAGUAGAGGUCUUGUGUUGAGGGGUACAUACUGUAAUGCUCCAAUGUCUCCAAAAGUCCAAAUCAGACCUCAGACUAUUAC